UUUAGUGUUUAGUUUGUUUCUUGCCUCUUGCACACACUCUUCUCGUGUUUUGUGUUCGAUGUCUGUGCUGCAAAGCAACUUGAAAAUAAUAAAAAAAUAUUUUCGAAAUUGAUUGCCGGUUACUUGAAAAAAAAAAACAAAAUAAAUUUUUAUAUAUAAAUAAAUAAAAUACGUUUUGAAAAGCAACAACAACAGCAAAAGCCACUAAAAAGGAAUAAAAUAUCUUUGGAAAAUGUAAAUAUAAAUGUAUGUGAGUGUGUGUGUUUGUAAAUAAAUAAAAGUGUUGCUAAAGUAUUGGCUGGCUUUGAUAAAAAGGAUAUUUAUUUAAAAUAAGAAAAAAAGGAAGAAUAAAGAAACGCAGUUGUUGUUAGUUUUUCUUGGUUUCUAAAGAAAUAAAUAGAAAUUGUUUUUGUAAACAAAUAAAUUGAAUGAAUUCAAAUAAAACCGAAAAAUAAAUGUUUAAAACACAAAUCAAUGUUAAAUAGCGCCAUGUGUGUAAAACUAAACGCGGAUUGUACAUCGUCGUCGGUGGCUUAAACAAAAUUUAUAUGAAUAUAUUGUCCGUCCCAAAAAAUUUCCUAUGCAGUUGUUAUUGUUACUAUAAGUUUAUUCUAAAUAAAAUUUUGUGUGUUUUUUUUUUGAAUUUUCCAAAAAUAGUGUUUUUGUUGUAAUGUACAUCCACGUACCUAGAAGUACAAAUAACACCAAAUGCUGAUGAUAGUGAUGGUGGUGGUAGUGGUGGUAACGACAAAAAAAAGAAACAACAACAACAAAAAUAUAUUGAAAUUGACAGUUCUCUCAUAAGUCAGUGUCAUAGAUACAAUUGUAUCUUGAAGUUUAAUGUGAAAUAAAACAGAAAAUUCAUGUUGAAGAGUUUUUUUUUUGUAUUAAAAGCAUUUAUUCAAAAAAUAAAUGAAAAACAUAAUAAAAAAUAUAAUUUAAUAUAAUCAUUUAUGUAAAUCCAAAUAAAUAAAUAAAUAAAAAGUGUGCCAAAGUUAUUAAAUAAUAAUAAAAGAAAAGAAAAAUAAAAAUAAUUAAAUUAAAUUAAUCUCAAAAAAAUACACAAAAAUUUCAUGAAUUUCAUGAAUUUUUCAUGGCUUCUAUUCUAAAGCAAGUGCUUUAAAGUGUCAGUGUGUAUGUGUAUCUGUGUUUAAAUAACUAAAUCUUUCUAAUGUGUUUAUAACAACAACAAAAAUACUACAACAAAAUAAAAAUAACAUAAAAAAAAUCUUUAAAUUCUGUGAUAUGGGAUUACAAAUUAACCGGAUUUAUUAAACAUCGCUGUUAAAAACCGAUUUUUGCAUGUUGCUGUUGAAUUUUUUACGCAAUUAAACGAUGUCAUGUUAUCAACAUCUACAUCAUAUUAUAACAACAAUAACAACAACAGCAAAACUAACACAACAAGCAGCAGCAACAACUACAACAACAAUAAAAUCGACAAUAACACUAAACAACCCAGCAGUAGCAGCAGCAACAACUACAAGGGACAUUAUUAUCAAUUUGAACAACAUCUACAGCAGCAGUUAAAACUUGAACAACAUCUAUUGUAUUUAUUGUUGUUGCUGUUAUUGGUGCAAUUGCAAAAAAGUCGCACAAAAUAUAAAGAUAUAACAGCAAAAAAUUCAGCGUUCCUUUGAAUUUUUUUUCUAAAGGCAGCUGGAGAAACAACAAGCAGCAACAUCAUCAUCAGCAAAAGAAAGAAAAAAAUCAAAUCACAUCACAUUGUUAAAAAGUAAAUCCAAUGGAAAAUGAUGACGAUGAUGUUUUACGUAAACAACAGCUUUAAAAGCAACAACAACAGAAACUAUAGUAAUACUACAACAGCAGAAGUGACUGCCAGCAGCUGUAGGAGUUUAAAUAGUUGCAAUAGUUGUUGUAUUGGCAGUAAUGUUAACAAUAAAAUAACGUUGAAACAACAAAAAAUUUAUAAUAUUGAAAGGACUGAUAAUGUAAACAUUAAAGACAGCAGCAAGAGUAAAUCCAACAGUAGUAACAGCAACAACAUUAGCGACAAUUAUGACAACAGAAAACGACAAAGCGUUACAAACUUAAAAGAUAAUGAAGAUGAAAAUCUACAAAAUCAACAUUUUUGUAGCAGCAGCGACACUAGUUAUACAACAACAACAGAAACAGCUCAACAAUGUUUAAAAUUAACGACAACAACAGCAGUAACAAAUAUUAGAAAUCGAGGGAAUAACAGCAAUACAACAACAUCGUCAGCGUCAUUAACACAACAACAUCAACGACAAAGGAGGUGUUUAAACGAUAACCACAACAACAGCAACUAUAGCCACAUUAUUAUUAGUAGUAAAAACAACAAUAGCAGCAGUAGUAGCAGCACUAGUAGCAGUAGCAGUUGCAAACAAAAUUGUUUUUGUUGUAGUUUUCAUAAUAGCAAAACAACAACAGCAACAGCGAACAAUUUUUGUUGCACAUCAACAGCAUCAACAUCAUCAUCAACAACCUCGACCCGUAAAUGUAAAAAUUUUAGCCUUAAAGCAACUACUGGCAACAGUAGCAGCCAUCAACCCCAUUCACGUCGUAGCAUUAGUAGAAAUUUCGGUGUUAGUGGUAGUGGUGGUGGCCGUGGUGGUAUCAUAUUCAACGUCCAUAACAUCAUUAGCCUUUUUGGCCUUCAGCUGUGUUGUCUCCUGCUGUUGCGGCUAACACAUUUAGCCACUGGUCUUGCUGUUGGUGUAGACUCAACAAAUGCAAAUCUCACAGAUUUGGGUAGUCCCGGUAUGUAUUUUAUUUCCUUUAUGCAAAAAACAAAACUGUAGCAAUACAUUAGCAACAUUAUUGAUUUUUUAUGUUUCGUUCAGUUUUAUUUUUUCUUUUAUAACGCUGGUAUAUUAUUUUAUUCUUUUGGAGGGAAAUUAACCUAAAUAAACUUUGGGUUGUUUUCUCUCGCUCUAUCUCAUAGUCCUUUGCCAGCAAGAAGUAUUAACAAUAUAAUCAACAACAAAAGUUUUCUGUUUUAAUGCUACCAAAAUUUCCUUCCCAUAACUCUUUUUUAAUUUACUUAUUUUUUUGUUUUUCUAUAAAAAAGAACAAUUCAAAACAGAAUUGUUCAGGAUAAAAAGUGGUUGUGAAAUUAUAAAACAGUAACUUAAAUGUAUACAUUAUUUAAAUGAACUUAAAAUUAGAGUUAAACAAAUAUUUAUAACUCAAAAAUGAUCCUAACUGUAGAUUUCUUGCAAAACUCUAUUUUCUGUAGAAAAAUUGUAUUCUUUUAAACACAUUUUCCUCUCGAAAUGAUAUCAUCUUUCAAACACAGUUUUCUAUACAAAAAGUAUCUUCUUUCGACCACCUUUUCUAUACCAAAGUAGCUUCUUUCGACCACAUUUUUCUAUAGACUAUAGACUAUAUAAUAGACUGUAGACUCGACUACAGAUUAAACUAUAGACUAGAGU